AUGGGUAAUAUUGAUAGUCGAAAUGAACGGUUUUAUAAUCUUUGUGGUUUGGGUAAAGCACAUUUGAUUGAAAAAAUGCUUGAAAAUGAUCGGAUAGUAAAUACUAUUGAUAUUAAUUGGGUUUCAUUUGAAAGUCAAUCAACAGCAUUAUUGAUUGCUUCAGCCAAUGGACAUGAACUUGUUGUUGAUAUUCUUUUACGAAAUAAUGCAAAGUUUACUAUAAAAGAUUCUCGACAAGCUACAGCACUUCAUCAUGCUGCACAACGUAAUUAUACAAAAAUAGCCAAGAAACUUUUACAUGCUGGAUGUGAUGUUAAUGCUCAAGAUAAACUUGGUUGGACACCAUUGAUGAAAGCUUGUUAUUUUUGUAGUCCAGAUAUUAUUCUAACUUUAUUAGAAGGUGGUGCUAAUAUUGAUGCUCAAACAGAACAAGGUCGAACUGCACUUCAUGAAUUAUGUCGAUCACCAUCAUUGAAUAAUGAAACAUUAUUAGCAGAAAUAGCUUGUAUAUUAAUCGAAGCAGGUGCUAAUGUAAAUCAAAUUGAUGAAGAUCAUUUUACACCAUUAAUAUAUGCGGCUUAUCAUAAUCACCCAAGUGUCGCACUUGUUCUUCUUGAAUCGAAUAGUUUAAUUGAUAAAACUGAUAAACAAGGUUGGACAGCUCUUCAUUGGGCUAUCGAUCGUGAUCAUUCCGAAAUAGUUCAAUUAUUAAUUGAUAAAGGUGCUCGAACAGAUAUUCGUAGUCAUCGUGAUGAAUUAGCUAUAUCAAGAGUAAAAUCUAUUGGUGUUAAAAAUAUUAUCAAACGUUGCUCAACAAAAUCAAUAUCAUUAACAGAUAUGAAUAUUAAAAAAAUAUCUUCAAAUAUUUCAAUGAUUGAUCUAGAAAAUUGCCAAACAUCAGGACCAAUCUAA